GCUCCAAUUACCGCUGUAAGCUCCGCGCCUACUACGCAUGUCAUGACGAUCCCAUCCCCCGCUCCAUGCAUCACCGUCAUCCCCGCCACAAUAUCCAGCUCUACUACCCCUCACAAAACCACCGUCCACAGAGCCACCCUCUACUCUUGAUUUAAUUGCUGCUGCCCCCUCUCAUCACCUGUCAAACAUCUCCCAAUUACCCAUUGUUUCUUCCUUUCGAGCUCCCAACACUAAGCCAUGGUGGUCUUUGUCGACCUUGAGCAAGCCCCGCCAGCGGCCGCAGCUCCUACCGCCCCCAUGCCCGAAAUGAACCAGAACCAUCCAUUCAGCGCCGCGAUCGUCCUCUACCCCUUCAUCGCCGGCCUAGCGCGAUACCUCGACCGCACCGAUCUCCACAAUCUCGCCUCGACGUGCCGCCACCUGCACCGCACACUCACCGACUACCGCCACACACUCCUCACGCUCUCUUUGCGCUGCGGGUGGCCCGAGGUAGUAGCCGCCGCGGAGCUCGCGGCCGCCACCACCCCCGCCGAGGGCCCCGCACGGCUCACCAACCCCAUCAAACGUCCCUGUCCAAAGGACCUAGUACAAGGCUGCAUCCGGUGCAGCCUGCCAAUCUGCCGAGACUGCAUCCGCAAGCCGCACCCGACGCACCUGAACUCACGGCUGCGGCGGCUGUGCCCUCCAUGCCAACGGGACGCGGCGCUUCUCCCGUCCGCCGCGCUCCCCGCCUACGAGGCGCGCACCCUAUACUGCGCCUGCGCAACCAGCGUCUGGAUCUGUGCCCACUGCAUGAAGCACGUCAGCGCCGAGGACUACUCGUACCAGCUGCUGUGCGAUAACUGGGCGGGCGAGUCGAUGCGCGACGUGCGCACACUGGUUCGCGGCGGGAAUGGACAGUUUGUUAGUGGAGGCUCGAAGGUUACUGGUGGGGGGAGGGUCAGCUGUGCACGCGGACCGGAGUGCUCGGGGAUUCCGAGCGGGGGAUGGGGGGCUGAUGGGGAUGAUGGGGAUGAUGGGGAGGAUGAGGAGGUGGGGCGGGAGGAGGUGGUGGUGCUGGACGGUGAGACUGAGUGGAGCGAGCUGGCUGAGGCGCUGGAAUCGACCGGUGAGCAGCGCUGGGAAGAGACUGCGCAGAAUCUGAAGAUUGUGCGUGAGAGGAGUGGGAAGGUCGGUGGGAGACCGGUGGAAUGGGAUGGCAAGGGAGGCGCACUUGUCAAAGAGUGGCACGGCGACGUGAGGGGCUGGUGUAACUGGUGUGAUAAGGUGGUGCUCUCACGCGUGGAUAAGGCAAGAACUGGUCUCAGUGGGUGAUGCCGCCGAGAAGAGCCAUCUGGGUAUAUUCAUGAUGCUGCUGUAUGCGCUUUCUUCUGUAGAGCUCGUAAGCUGGCUCGGUACCUAGGUAGCUGGUAGAUAGAGAAUGUCGUUACGGCGAGGGCGGAAUAUACAAUUUUGGGGUUGGGAAUUUGGAUCGUGUUGAAGCGCCCUGGAGGAAAACCCAAGCAAUACUUGAAUGCCCGG